AUGCUAUUCCAGUGCGAUAUCUGUCAUAAAGACUUCAAGUCAUUGCCUACUUUCAAGAAACAUAACAAAGCCUUUCAUUCAGUACUCAAGUUAUACGUAUGCAGUCGUGCGAAGUGUAGGUACGGAUGCAAUAGUAGUGAAGGGUUUAGUAAUCACUUGCGAGAGGGUCACCACAUUGCCGAUCACUUCCUACCGCCGGUGAUAAUUAGCUCCUCGUCGCCGAUCACUUCCAUCCCUCAAACGAAUUCAAUGAAUACUCCCAAUGAAUCCAUUGAAGACAAUACUGUUGAUACCGGCGCCCAAACAAGUAGUCAUACAUUAGAAUCUCAUGUGAAUACCACAACUGAUGAGCUGACAGUGACUCCAGAAAAACCAUAUAAAUGUGAUGUUAAUAACUGUGACCAAAGUUAUAGAAAUGAGGUAACGCUCAUUGGACACAAGUGGAGUGUCCAUCGCAUACCGGACCCCACACGCAAACAAACCGCUAAAUCCCAGCAAAUGAGUCGUAAGAACAACAAUAAGCCAAUGGAUGCCAACACUUCUCGCAAUAAAAGUAAGUCGACUACCGGGCCAAAGGGCAUACCAUUUAUGUGUGCUUUUUGUUGGAAAAAAUUUGAUAACGAGACCGCACUUAACGGACACACCAAAGCCAAUCACAUCCCAGUAAAGUCUCGGGUAUCUAAUGUUAGUAAGACUACUGGCGCUUCAGUGCCCAUCACUAGCACUGACAAACAUCCGAUGCCGAUACUAAGUACUGGUAUUAAUGGUGUAAUUGAACCUCCUGUUUCUAAUGUAUCCAGUAGUAACUGUAUAGAGAUUAUUGAAACUCCUACUGAAACACCGGUUCCCACCACUUCCAAUAGUUAUACAAGUCAUAUGUCCAAACCUAUUAAUACGUGGCGUAUACCUAAACGUAUACUUAGCCCUAGAUCUGCCAAUGAAUGCAUACCAGUGCCUAUAACAUCAUCGAUAGAAACUGAAAGCGAAGCACCGGUAGCUAAGAAGCCUAAAAUAACUACCUGUCCGCAGAAUACCGGUUCAUUAGUUAAUUUGGCGACGAAAAACAUAUCAAAGAUUUUCAACAAAAAGACUUUUGGUUGUGAUUUAUGUGACAAAGUGUUGGAUACGUCGGUCGCACUCACGGACCAUAUGGUGGCCAAUCAUGUCAAUGGGUUUGAUGUGAAUGACCCCCAGGGGUCAGACACUCAUGGUUUGGCCAGUGAUGAGCCGCAAAAGGCGUUCAAAUGUAAGGAAUGCGACAAAGAGUUUGAUAACAUAUUUGAUAGGAAACGCCAUCAAAAGGCAACCCAUAGCGGGUCCGUACUGUAUAGGUGUGGGAAUGGGUGUCCCGAAAGGUUUAGCAGUCAAUCGGCACUCGAUUCUCACACACGUAAAGCACAUUCACUGCCACCUGAGAAUAGCCGUAACCCUAGUGUUCCCUCCACUUCGCACAAUGAGUCUACUAAUGAUGAGUCGACUACUAGACCACCAAAUAAGGGCCCGAAAGGGAAGUUCUCGUGUUGUGGUCAGGCUUUUCAUGCCUACAAAGCCCUGUCCACUCACAUCAGAAUCGCUCACAUGAAAGUAGGUUCUCGUGUGUCGGCCACUGAUAAAACGGCUGUUCCUCUGCCUUAUGUUUGUGAUGUUAACGACUGUGGCAAUAGGUUUAGCAGUGAAUCACUGUUAGAUCUACACAAACGGAACCUACAUUCACAACAAAUACCACAUGAAGAUUGCUAUAAUUCAAGGAAUGCCAAUGUUUAUCAUGAGCACAGGCUCCCUUUACCACCAGAUCAUACCAGUCCCAGAGAUUUGACAUCCGAGUCCCCUAUUGAUACUCAUAAUAUAGGCAUAGAUUGCCGUGAAUCUGUCGGUAACACUGCGUUUCGCUGUCAAUACAGAGACUGUGAACUCGUUUUUGACAAUAAAGAUGCUUUCGAUACUCAUUUACGGUUCCGACACCGCGUAAGGGUGCCCUACCUGUGCCGUAGUCCAGGCUGUAAUCAAAAGUUUGAUAGCGUAUCACUAGUAAAGCGACAUUAUUAUGAGACUCAUAAGACAAAUGGUGGUCGAGUGCGGCCAACCCUAUCAAACCACUCGCGCACUAGUAGUGAACGCCCAUUUGGUAAUACCAGGACUGGUAAUACACGAUAUACCAGUCCCAGAGAUUAUAGAUCCCAUUCCCCCGCCAGUAGUAGUCAUAGUAGGGGCGAGCCUUCCGAACGAUCAUUAGAAGCGACUGAUUAUCGCUGCAAAUACAGUGACUGUCGACUGGAUUUUGAUAAUGAAUUUGAUUUCGUAAUGCAUAACAAGCGUAUACACGGCCUACCCGUGCCCUACAAUUGCCGUUAUCCCGGAUGCGAUCAAUCGUUUACUAGUCAAGAGCUCGUGCAGCGACACCAUCGCGAGAGCCACAGGAGUCCGGUGCGGACAACCAUUUCAAGCCACUCGCGCUCUAGUAGUGAACGUUCGUUCAGUACUAAUGCGUCGACUACCCGGCCAACUGCCCGAUCGCCGGAGUUAUUCAAAUGUACCGAUUGCGGCAAAAUUGUGGGCACACAGGAGGCGCUCCGGGGUCACUAUUUAGCCAAUCAUAUCAUAUAAACAGUUUCACAUCCCGUUUGAACAAUUUAUGGCAACAAUAAGCCAUUCAAUGACUGAACAUAUAUUUAUAAAAUAUCUUAUGAG